AUGGCCGAUUAUUGCCAACAUGCCAAGCAUCUAGCCGAACAACUUAAGAGCGUUAGGUCUCCAGUUGACGACCGGAUAUUAGUUAUCAAGAUUCCCACUGGUCUAAUCGAACAGUAUGACAGUAUAUCCACAGUCCUUCAAAACCGUGAUCCCCUACCAGACUUCAAUGAGGUUCGUUCCCGCCUCAACAUGGAAAAACAAAAGAAGAAGAGACAGGUCACCCGGGAUUCACAAGCCGCCGCCACAGCCCUCGCCACCACCACAUCCACCCCGUCGCCAAACACCUCCCAACAGCCCUCCUAUUACCCGCCGUCCAACCGGGGACGUGGUCGUACCCGAGGUGGGCGUGGCCACGGCCGCGGCUGUUCCUUCUUUGGACAUGGCAGCAAUCGAUACCCCAAUCAGCAACAGAACCCGGCCAACUCCUACAUUGUAUUCCCGAGUAAUUGGACUGCUUCCCAGUGGGCCAGUCUUCUCAACACUAACAACUCGGCCCAACCCCCCUGUCCAUACCCGUCAAGACCCAACACCCAAUCCUCUCAAGGCAUAUUGGGCCCACGACCUGAUCAGGCUCAUCACACAGGCUACUCACCUACCGACAUCGAACAGGCGCUUUAUUCUUUGGAACUCAACCAGCCGGACCAUGGAUUGAUGGAUACAUGA